UUUCCGAAGCCGGGCAUGUUCCAACAUAUCCAAGCAGACCUGCCUACUCCUAUAACCUAUUCCGCACUGUGUCUGCCGCUUUACUUAUCACAAUAUAGACAGAAGUAUAGACUUCACAUUUUUAAUUAUAAAGAUGUGAACUGUGAAAUGAAUGAAUUCUUCUCUUGGCUCACGCGCCGCUCGUCACCAUGUCUAUACCGGCUAAAGUGAUGCGCGAGGGGACGUUGGAGAAGCGCAGCAGCGGGCUCCUCCAGCUGUGGAAGAAGAAGCGCUGUGUCCUGACGGAGGAAGGUCUCCGUCUCCACGACUGCAAAAGCAGCGGGAACGAAGAAGACAGUGAUGCUCCGUGCGUCGCCUUUGGCCCCAAAGCCAAAGAGCUGCGCUUUGAGCGCAUGACUACAGUGGAUUGUGUGGAGUACAAACGAGGACUCGUGUAUUUUACGGUGGUUAUGGCCACGGGGAAAGAGAUAGACUUCAGGUGUUCGCAAGAGGGAACCGCGUGGAACGCAGAGAUUGCCUUGGCUUUGGUGCGGUUUAAAAACCUCCAAGCUGUGCAGACAGGAAAGAAUCGGCACCUGUCCACGGCGCACCUGAGGACCUGGGGAGAACAGGAGCUCUGAGGGACAAGAAUGGCCAAAGAAAACCAGUGGACAAAGGAAGCUACCCGGUCCCUGAACUGGUUAAAGUGGAUUCAACAACUCUGAACUUAUUUUCUCUGUUCUUAUUGUUACUAUAAUUGUAAUGUUUUUUCCAUGUUACAUGUCGACCUCUCUGGCAGAGCUAUGGACAUUAUAUUUCUUAACAUGAAGGUUGUGGAGCUGCUUGGAUCACCUCCUGUACCUUAUAUUAUUGGAUAUAGGUACACCUCUUUUAGGACACUUUAUUAUGGUCACUUUUUCUUUCUGUUUUACUCAAAUGGAUUCAUAUGUGAUUGACUGAAUGGUGCUUAAAAU